AUGGAGCUGAUUGCAUUUGAAAGCCGAAGAGAAUCAGGCCUGCUCUUUACAGCUGGCUCUUUGAACAGCUCCUUGGAGUCUGAUGUCAUCUCAUUCUUCAUCAUCGAGGGGUUAGCCGGCCUCAAGGAGAAGAAGAUGAUCCUGUUUGUUAUCCUGUUGCUGGCUUACGUCACCAUCCUGGGAGGCAAUAGCAUGAUCAUCUUUGUGACACGCUCCGAUCCAAAGCUGACAUCCCCUAUGUAUUUCUUCCUGCGCAACCUCUCCUUUGUGGACAUGGCCUACACUACAACCACCAUCCCCAACAUGCUGUCGGGUCUCCUCACAGACAAACUGACCAUCUCCGUCCCCGGCUGCUUCCUGCAGAUGCAGUUCUUCAUCCAGCUCUCUGUCACCGGCCGGGGGAUCCUGACAGUGAUGGCCUUCGACCGCUACCUCGCGAUCUGCAACCCCCUGCGUUACGCCGCCAUCAUGACCCGCCCCAUCCGGACACUCCUGGUGGCAGGGGCCUGGGCCUUUGGGGCGCUGUGCUCCCUCCCGGCCACUGCCAUGGCCCUGCGGCAAACCUACUGCGGCCCAAACCUGGUGCGCCACGGGUGGUGUGACCCGUCCUCUGUGAGGCGGCUGGCCUGCUCAGAUGUCUCAGUGGAUAACGCGGUGUCCCUGUCCUUUGCCCUGGUGGCCCUGCUGACCACAGGAGUCCUCAUCCUGACCUCAUACGUCCUGAUCGGCGUCUCUGUUUCCCAGAUGAGCGUUCCUCAGAGGCUGAGGGCCUUCGGCACCUGUGCGGCCCAUCUGACCGUGGUCUCCAUCUCCUACAGCGCAGCGUCCUUUGUGUACAUUUCCUACCGCGUGGGAAACUUUUCCCCACAGGUGCGCAUCAUUGUUUCUGUGCUGUACUCGGCUUUGACCCCUUUCUUGAACCCGAUGAUCUACAGUCUAAGGAACAAGGAGCUGCAGGAGGCCAUCAGGAGGACUGUGAGCAGAUUCAGAGCUGCUGCCGUGUCAGCAGUAAAGCCUGUGAACACGAUGACCUGA